UCUGUAGCACCGCCGUAGACGGCUGUUAACGAUGGUUUGUUUGGGGAUUCGUUACGGUGGAGCCGGAGGUCGUUUAUUUCGCCAACCAGCUACUGGUUUCCUUGACGAUCGUUCGGGUCGGGUUUCUAGGUUUAACCACCUGCAUUCUCUCUCAAUCCCCAAUCUCGCCGCUAAAUCGCCAUUCUCGAGAAUCUCUACGGCGGUAACUGCGACUGCUGUUGGUGUUUAUGAUCGUCCUGUUUACAGGUCGGCUUCGUCUGUUUAUGAAGUCAGCGUCAAUUUAGCGCCGGCUGAAGCGAUAGUUAAUGACGAAGAAUAUGAUCGUACUUAUGAUAACCCUGGCGUUUCGGAGAAGUUCGACGAAUGGAUGAGAAAUUCAGUGACGGAAAUCGUGAAGAAUAUAAGACAAGCACCGUUGCUGGUCCAGAUAUACGCCGAUGGCGAAGUGAAGACGGAGAAGGCAGUUGAUGCGGAGGACUGGCCGAAUGUGGUUAGAGAGAGACCGUCGUCUCCGGAUGGGAUCAUACUUGUGGAGGAGCUCCAGGAGAAGAUAGACCCGGCUCUGUCCAAUGGUGAAUUCGAGCAAGAGGACGGAACUAAGGCCUUCGGAGUACUGAUUCAAGGUAAAUUCAAAGGAAGAGAUCGAUGUAAAUCAGCCUGUUAUUUGCUGAAAACAUGCAGCGUUAAUGGAGGAAUGGAACCUUUUUGCACCCAUUUUUGCUUGAUGAAGGUUAAUAGCUUUAGAAAAAGUGCCUCUUCACAAUUGAACGAUUGUUGGUUAUUACGAUGAAAAUGGAUGAGAAUUUCAGGUACAUAGCUGAUAGCUUAAUUGUAAAUUGUACAUUAUAUUCAUGAAGAUCAUUCAACAGAAACAAGAACGAAUAAAUUGAUUGUUCAAUUGCAAAA